AUGGCAGCCACUGGUACAGCCAACUCACAAGCUGUGGUGCUGGGGUCCGAUGGAGUUAUCCAGGAUGGCCCAAAGAAGCUGAGCCUGGUCGUGGCGGAUGCUCUCAAGCGGUGGUAUGCGGAGACUGAGAAGGAGGCUCUUCGCGGAGACCUGAAAUCGGCAGCCCUGCUGGGACAGAUGCUGAACGAGGGGUACGGCUGCAAGGCGAACCCAGAGCGCGGGCGGGAGUGGAUUGAGAAGGCACGGCGGAGGGGGUACCGCAUGCACCGCGUCUACUGUGAGAUCUGA